AUGGCUUUCCUCGCUUCUCCCUUCGGCCUUGGUGUCUCAAUAAUAGCCAUCCUGAUCGGGGCUAUCAUCUUCGCCAAAAAGAAACCGAAAUUCCCAAUCAUCAACAAAUACCCCAAGGACUUCUUCCACCGUCAGGCGCAUCACGAGUACAAGACAAAUACAAGAAAGCUACUCAAAGAGGGUGCUGCCAAGUAUGGCGAUGAACCCUUUACCAUCUUGGUCCCAAAUGGUAUCAAGACAAUUCUGCCCCCUUCUUGUGUCGGCUGGGCCAAGAACAACAAGGACCUGGACCAUCAGCAACUCGUGAGAGACGAAUACUUUGCCAGCUAUCCUGGUUUCGACGUCCAGCAUGUCUUGCAUCACCCGAAUAGGAUGGUCAUCAACAUGGUCCAGGGAAAGCUAUCCAAAACUGAAAAGACUCUGCCUAUCAUGGAUGAACAUAUCAAUGCAGGCUUAUCAGACAUUUGGGGAGAAUGCAAGUCUUGGAAGACGCUCAACUGGGAAGAUGGAACUACCGGAGUUAUUUCUCGCGCAGCAGCUUCCAUCUUUGUUGGACCAGAGCUCGCUGCUGACCCGGAGUGGCAAAAGGUCUCGAGGGCUUAUGUUCUGGACUACUUUGGAGCUGUUGGAGAAAUGCAUCUGUGGCCCUCGUGGUUGAGGCGGUUAGUUGUCUGGUAUCUCCCAGGGCCCGCAGCCUGCCGUGCCGGUCUGAAGCGAGCGCGUGAGAUGGUGAACAAGGUGGUUCAGAAGCGACGACAGGAGGAAGAGGAAGCCAAUAAACAAGGAAAGGAGCCCCCUGCAUACUAUGACGCCCUUGCUUGGACUCUUGAGUCGCCACUCGGAAAUGAGUUUGAGCCGGCGGAUGUUCAGCUUGCCCUGGCUAUGGCCGCUCUGUUUACCACGUCAGAGCUGUUCCGACAGAUUCUCAUUGAGGUUGCUCGCCGCCCUGAGGUUGUUGAACAUUUGAGACGAGAGAUUGAAGAUGCUGCACCUGAUCACGACUUUACGUCUACCUCACUCGUCAAGAUGCAGUUGCUCGAUAGCGUUAUGAAAGAGACCCAAAGGCACAUCCCCUCACAAGUCAUAUUGGAGAGAUUGGUCAUCCGUGACACCCGGCUUCCCGAUGGCACUCUUCUCGAAAAAGGAACCCACAUCGCCAUCGAUUCUCGAGAGAUGUACGACCCCACCAAGUUUGAGAAUCCCGAAGAGUUCGACGCGUGGCGCUUUUAUAAACGCCGACAAGCUGGCGACAACACAAGCUUGUUCGUGCAGUCAAGCCCGGAGCAUGCUCAGUUCGGCAUGGGAAAACACCUGUGCCCUGGAAGGUUCUUUGCUGGCAGCGAGUUGAAGCUUUGCCUGGCUCAUAUCAUACUCAAGUAUGACAUUAGAUUGAAGGACGGGUGCUUGGGAAAGCCUAUGUCGUUUGGCUUUUUGAGUGCCACUGAUCCAUAUACUCAGCUGGAAGUUAGAAGAAGAUAG